CCGAAAAGUGCGUCUCUUCAUCACACAGGGAGGCCUCCAGAGCAUGAACGAAGCGAUGUAUCACGUAGUUCCCUUUCUUGCCAUUCCGUUCUUUGCUGACCAACCGUACAAUGUGGCAAAGAUUGUGCAAGCUGAACUUGGAGUCUCUCUGCAAUUCAACGAUCUCACAAAGGACUCCAUACUUCAACAUUCGCGAGCUGUUCUAGAGAAUCAAAGGUACAAAGAGAACAUGAACAGGCUAUCAGAGAUAUUCCGCGAGCACCAGGCGGACUCUUUGGAGCGCGCCGUGUGGUGGGUGGAGUACGUGAUACGUCAUAAGGGGGCCCCGCACAUGCGCAGUGCUGCCCUCGACCUGCACUGGUGGCAGCUGCUGCUACUCGACGUCAUCGCCUUCAUCUUGCUGUCAACGUGCGCCGUUAUGUACGCCGCCUUCUACUUCAUACGGCAGAUCACUGCUGCGAUGAAGGAUACUAAGAGAAAAGAUAAGAAACAGUUGUGA